CAUUUGAAAUAAAAUUCGUUUGAUUCAAAUUCAAAAUAUAACCUCAAAAUUUCUCGUAAAGUAGAAAUUGAAAAAUAAGAUUAAAUGCUUUUAAAACAUUAUUUCACGAAAUGGACCCUUUUUUAGAGUAUAUAGUAAAUGCGAAAAACACAUUGGAAGAUACACCACCUUUCAUGAAAAUUCAUGUAGUAAUGGGAAACGAAUCUUGUGAUUUAGAUUCCAUGGUUUCUACAUUAGCACUUUCGUAUUAUCUGUACAAAAAAGUGUAUGAUCCAAAUAAAGUUAUAGUAGUACCUUUAUUAAACAUUAACUCUGAAGAGCUGUCCUGGAGGACUGAAAAUUGCUUUGUAUUAAAGAAAAUUCAGUUGGAUAAAGAAAAUUUAAUAUAUAGAAACAAUAUAGAUUUAGAAGAAAUUCAGACAAAAAAGACCUUAAGUGUAUCACUUGUUGAUCAUCAUGUUUUGAAACCUGAAGAUUUGUUUCUUGCAAAAUCUGUAAGACAAAUAUUUGACCACAGACCAAAAGAUUCUGCAGCUAAUUGGGAUUUAGAUACAGUUAGAUUUGUAUUAAAAGAAGUAGGUUCUUGUGCAACUCUUGUUGCUGAAGAAAUAAUAAGAAGUGAUCCAAGUAUACUUGUAGCUAAUUUAGCUACAUUACUUUAUGAUACUAUAACAUUUGACACAAUUGCCUACAAUGUAGAGGCAGGUAAAGUAAAAGAAUUGGACUUGUGGGUAGCAAGUUAUUUAGAAGAGAAAUUUAAAUUUCAAAAAACUAGAAAAGCUUUGUUUGAUGAACUAUGGUAUGCACAUAACAAUGUCUCUCACUUAACACCAAAGCAGCUACUUUAUAAGGAUCUUAAAAUUGUGGAAUGUGUACUUGUGCCAGGAUUGCCAAUGCUAGUACAGAAUUAUUUAAAAAUGAAUAAUGCAAUCUCUGAAUUGCCAAGGUUUUGUGAGCAAAGAAAAGGCCAAAUUGUAAUGUUAGUGGGACUUCAGUAUGCUGAAAAUAAGGUAAAACGGGAUUUAGCAGUUUACCCAAAUGACGACGCUUUAGGCAAAUUGAUUUUAAAAUGCCUGAAUAGAGCAAUUGAUUAUUGUGGAUAUAGCCUGGAUCUGAAGGAAGUUUCUGUAAAUGCUCCCAAAGUAACGUGCAUGAAACAGGAAAAUAUUAAAAUUUCCAGAAAACAAAUACUUCCAAUUAUUAGAGAAGCAAUUUUGAUUUAUAGACAAGAAAAAUAAAGACACUCUCCAUAUUGAUUUAUGUGCACUGCUAUUCCUUUCAAUUUAUUUUAAAAAUUGUACAAAAUAGAUAAAAAUAAAAAUCA